AUGUCUUUUAACUACCGUUGUUUCAUUGCAUUCGCAUAUUCCUUUGGAAUAUUGCUGAUAAUAUUAUCAUAUCAAUAUAGCAAUAUCACAAAAUACUUCAUUGAACCAUCAUUGCUAUUGACAGGUUUUAUUGUUAUGGGUUUGGUUACAUCAGACUUUCUCUCUCAAUCUCUUUCAAUAUUAUCUGAUGAUUACUUAAAAGUAUCUCAUAAAAUAUCAGGGAUGACUCUGUUAGCUUUAGGAAAUGCAUUACCAGAUAUUAUAAGCGCAUACCAAUCAAUGUCUUCAGGAGCAACAUCUUUGACAAUAGGUCAGUUGAUUGGUGCUACUUUUUUUGUUAUUACUAUUGUUAUUGGAUCAAUGGGGUUUACCAAAGCAAUCUAUUUGACAAAUGACUGCAUUACCUAUGAAGAUUGUCCUGAAGAGAAUAUUUCUCUCGAUGAUGAGGAGGCAUCUGAUACCAUGUCUUCAAAUAUAAUUUUCUACAAUAGAAACAGAUAUCUACAUUAUAUUAUUCCAUUUUCAAUAUUGAUUUUGAUUACAUUAUACAUUAUAUCCGAUGGUAUCUUAACAUUCAAGAGCUCUAUUCUUUUAACGGUAGGAUAUUGUUCGUUCGUUAUUUUCCAAAUAUACGAAGAAAGUAUCCAUAACUUCUAUUCGACGUUAACUGAAGAGACUUCUCUUGACAAUCAUUCUUCGAUAUUUUUUAGUAAUAGAGGAAUUGCAGCAAGUCAUUCUCACUUGAGUCUAGACCAUAUAAUUACAGAUCCAAGGUUUUCGAAAGAAGAGUUAAAGCAUCAGAUAAAAGAUUACAUGAGACAUACAUAUAAUGGUUGGGUAAGAAUGUCUCUACGUGAUUGUAUUGAUGUUUGGGAUACCAAUCUAAAAUUAAAUGAUGAUGAUAGGACAAUAAACGAGACUGAUGCUAAUUUUAUUAAUACUGAUACAAUUAUCAAUGAAAAUACACCUUUAUUUACGCAAAGUGACUAUCAUUCUGUUUUCCCUGAAUCUUCUAAUCAAAGUUCAUCUGUGGAACCUACUGUUGAUCAAAAUGUCCUAUCAUUAUCAACUGACAUAUCAAGAUUAAAAGUACCAGAACCUCAAAAUCAAAUAAAGAAAACAUCAUCACCUUCACAUACAAUGGGUUUGUCGUAUACGCCACAACCAUUAAUACCAACAUCGAGUAAUGAGUUGUCUUCCAUCUCAAGUCUGCAUCCUGACCAUUUUUGUGGUUUCGAACUUUUUAACAAAUUACUUUAUCCUACAGUCGAUAUGUCAAUUUUUGAAAGGUUAACUUUGUUAUUCACUGCACCAUCCUCAUUAUUAUUGCAUAUUUUAAUUCCAACAUUUACAAAUUAUGGCGUCAACUAUGAUAUUCGAUACUAUAAAAUAAUACAAUUAGCUGCGGCUCCUAUCGUUGUAUACUUAGGGACUGCAAGUAAAGUGAACCUCUGGAUAUUUUUAUACGUUUCUGUUGUUUCUGUUAUUUUAUUUUUGGCAAUAAAGUUUAGAUAUCUAAGUGAUAUCAAACAUACUUCUACCAUAAUAGCAUUUAUAUUAUCUUUAGUCAUAAUAUCGAAUGCUGUGACACUCAAUUUACAAAUACUUACUUCAUGGGCUUCUGAUUACGGAUUGUCAGGAACAAUUCUUGGGUUGACCAUCUACGCAUGGGGCAAUUCUAUAGGAGAUCUAAUCUCCAAUGUAAUGUUUGUACAAGUUGGUAUAUUUGAUAUUGCUCUAAGUGCAUGCUUCGGGAGUCCAUUAUUAUAUUUUGUCUGCGGACUGGGAGUUAAUGGGAUUAUACUUUUACUGAAAUUAACAUCUAAGACAGACGGCUCAAUUUUUAAUUCACAUUUAAAGUUUGAAUUAGAUGCACAUUUUAAGGUUACAUCCUUUGGUACCAUAUGUGCGAUACUUGUUUUAAUCGGAAUCGUACCCCUAAACAAUUGGAAAAUUGAUAGAAAGAUAUCGUUUCUAUUAUUUAUGAUAUAUGCAUUAGUUUCGUUGGUAAAUAUUUAUAUAGAAUUAUAA